GGCGUGCGGCGGCCGGCAAGGAGGGCGGCCGGUCGCGGAGCGCCCAGCCGCGGGCGGCGGGCGGUGGCGGCGGGAGCGGCGGGGGCUCGGAGGAGGAGGAGCAGGAGCAGCAGCGGGACGGCGGCUCGCUCUUCCUGGUGAACAAGAGCGGCUUCCCCAUGGACGGGCAGACCUGGGAGCGGAUGUGGGGCCACGUGGAGCGGGUGCACCCCGACGGCGGUGCCGUGGCGGCGGCCAUCCGGAGCGCCGCCCGCCUGGCUCGGCCCUCAGUCCCGCCAGUGCCAAACUACAAGCUCUCCAUGUCAAUCCCAGAAUGGCUCCAGGCAAUACAGACCUACAUGAAGAUGCUGCAAUACAAUCACACGGGAACACAGUUCUUCGAGAUCAGAAAAACCAGACCUCUGAGUGGGUUAAUGGAGACAGCAAAAGAAAUGACCAGGGAGUCCUUACCUAUCAAAUGCCUUGAAGCAGUUAUCCUGGGGAUCUACUUAACAAACGGGCAGCCCUCCGUGGAACGAUUCCCCAUCAGCUUUAAAACCCACUUCUCAGGGAACUAUUUUCAUCACGUGGUGCUUGGGAUUUACUGCAACGGCCGCUACGGCUCGCUGGGCAUGAGCAGGCGAUCAGACCUGAUGGACAAACCUCUCACUUACCGAACUCUGAGCGACCUCAUCUUCGAAUUCGAAGACUCUUAUAAAAAGUACUUGCAUUCAGUCAAAAAAGUCAAAAUCGGGUUGUAUGUCCCACACGAGCCGCACAGCUUCCAGCCCAUCGAGUGGAAACAGCUGGUCCUCAACGUGUCCAAAAUGAUGCGCACAGAAGUCAGAAAGGAGCUGGAGAAGUUUGCCAGGGAUAUGAGGAUGAAGAUUCUGAAACCCUCAAGUGCCCAUUCUCCAAUGAAGGAGAGACCCCGGGGGAAGUCGCUGUCCCCUCGCCGGAGGCAAGGUAGCCCUCAGAGACGGGCUUGCAGGAGAGAUAAAUCGCCGGCGGUGCUGGACAAGAAAGGAGACCUGGCUACACUCAACGAGGUGGGCUACCAGCUCCGCAUCUGACACAGCCGUGCCACGGACUCCAGAGGGCUCCCCGCUGCUGCCGCUGCACUUUACCUGCACUCCCUUGGAAGGAAAAAGGAAUGGGACUGUUUUUUAACUUACAUACUCUCACAAUAAAAGUUUGACCUAGAAAAUAGGGGGUAAUUUUUUUUUUGGUGGCAGUAUUUAUUUCAAUUUAUAGAAAAGGCAUCAGUGAAGGGAACCUAAAAUCAGAUUUGCCAGGGUAUGAGAUUUUUUUUCUCUCCCAUCAUGUAGCAGGUGACUUCAGUCAUGUGAGUUUCUUCAAAUAUAAUUUCCCAGUACAAGUGUUAAUUGAACUUGGCCUUGUGCUGGGUGGUUGCAUUGGAGUAACUAACAAAUCAUAUUCUUAGUAUUAAGAUGUGCUGGGGUGCAGUGCAAUUAAAAAAAAAUAAUAUUCACUAUUUAUCUUUAAUUCAGCAAUAAAAGCAAGCAGUGAAGAAGUGGCAUAAGUUUUUAAAGUAUCAAUAUUACCUCACUAGACUUAAUAGAUAUGCAAAACUGUCAGUAUUAUUGUUUUCUAACCAAUUUGUACUGUUUCCCGGCAUUACUGGGAGUAUUAAAACAGCACUGGAUGUUUUACUGCCACCUGUAUUAUUAUUUUCUGCAUGUUGCCGAAAGAUGUUAAGUAAUAGUAAUAUGCAAUUGUAUUCUUAACACUGACAUCUUGUUAGGCAAGAUACGAGGUUUGGGGUUUUUUAAAUUAUGAUAAUUGAUGAAUAAUGAAUUUUUAAACUUUCAUAAUUUUUUUGUACUUUUGUCACAAGCUUUUAGUCUUUCUGAACUAUACCGCUGAAGCACAAAACACAGAGAUUGCUGUUUUGUAGAGACAAGUCAGCUUUUUUCUCAUAUAUGUAGUACCUGGAAUAAUGGAAAAACUGUGGGAAUUGCUAACCUGAGUCCAUGUGCUUUUCUUUCCACAUUUACGUGCAUAUUUGAACCUUGUCUUUGAAAGGCUGAGCAGUCUCUGAUGGUGAUGCCUUGAAACCUUGUAUUAUAUCAGGCAUGGCAGGCUGAAGUUAAGCCUUCUGCUGUGCUGUGCAGGGAGUUUUCCUGCAUGUGUUGUAGUAACUACUGCUUAGUCAGACUUGAAUAAGGAAGUGUGACUGAAAUAGAUGAAAAUCAAGCUUGUCUGCUUCCUCCCUGCUCAGUUGUUUUGUUGUAAGACUUGGCUAAGGACCUGUGAUGGACAGCAGUGUUCUCAAGUGACGCGGUAAGACUCACUGGGGUCCACCAUUCGACUUAGUGAAGUUCUCUGGAAGCAUUUGAGUGCUGCAUUCCUGGAAAUGUUUCACUAGGUGCCUAAAUAUAAACUGGAUUAUUGUACAUGUCCAGCCUCUACCCUUUGUGCUGUGCUCAUAGAUGAUGCUGCCAUGGGCCUGGUGUACCUCCCCUCCUGGGCACUUACUUUUUUGGGAUCUCGAUGAAGAUGGAUGCUGUUACAGACUGACAGUAAUGCUUAUUCAAAUGGAAUGAUUCAAGCUCCUAGAACAUUUCCAUCAGCCAGAAAAGGAAUGAAUAUAGAAGGAAAGAACUGCUAGUUCACAGACCUCAUUGCUCAAAAAAACUGAAUUUCACCUGCCUAGGACAGGAAGAAAAACCAAGACCCAGCAACUCUCUACAGCCAAUGAAAGGCUUUCUACUAAUUAAGACUUCAGAAGCUCUAAAAAGAAAACUUUUUGAAAGUGUGACACCUCUUUAUCCAAGUUUACCAUAUCAAUAACAGGAGGGCCUUUCCCAUCCCUCCUUCUCUAAACUUUUCCACUCCUGUGUUCACAGUAAGAUUUUUUUUGGUUAAGGAGUGAAGCUGAAGAGAGGGAAAUACUCUUUUGGUAGAAAUUCUUGUGUGAUUUGACAUCAGCUGCAGAGUUUUGGUUUAAAACUUUGUGCUGCCCAGUGUUUUGUGACCUAAAUAAUUUUUUUAAAUGACUUCUCAUGGAUAAAAUGAUGUGGAAAAACUUUUUAUCAGCUGUAUCCUAUAGCACAAUGUUAUCUGAUAGGUUGCAACUUUUUUUCUAUGAAACUAUGGUUUACUUCAGCUCAAAUAAUGGUUGUAUAUAGUUUCUACCCUUGUCCAGCACACUUUGGUUUCUCUUAACUGAUACUGAAGCUUUUUAAUGCUGUAGAGGUGUGUUGACAAAUUGCUUUUAGUCCUUGUUUAAAGUUCUGCUGAAAUACUCUCUUGAAACUUGCUUAUGAUGGCAUUUGUCUUAAGUGUGGUUCAAGUGACAACAAAGUGGUCAAAUAGUGUAGAAAAACUUGCAUGACUUUUUGGGCUUUUUCUCAUCACUUGUAUAUGCACAGCAUGAAACUUCAAUAAAAGUAUCAUGGUAGUCUUUUUUUUUU